CAGAGCAGGGGCUAACCUCACAUGUUUGUUCAGUGUUAAUGAUUGUCUCUGUCUCUGUAGUUUUUUUUUUCCUCAAUAAAACACAGUUUAUAAAGCUACUUCUCAUUGAAACAACAGGAGCUAUCAUGGCCAGGCUUAUACUAAUAGCAGGUCUUUGCCUGUCAUUUGUCAGUUUGGUGUCAUCCUCCAGAUUGGUGUGUUAUUUCACAAACUGGUCUCAGUACAGACCAGGCGAUGGGAAAUUUAUGCCUUCAAAUAUUGAUCCAAACCUAUGUACCCACCUGAUCUAUGCUUUUGCUGGUAUUAAUGAUCAGAAUGAGCUGGCCACAGUCGAAUGGAAUGACGAUGCACUUUAUGCAUCGAUCAAUGGUCUUAAACAGAGAAAUCCCAAUCUUAAAACACUGCUGGCAGUCGGAGGUUGGAGUUUUGGAUCACAAAAAUUCACUACAGUGGUGUCAACACAAGCAAACAGGAACGCAUUUAUCCAGUCCUCUAUCACAUUUUUGAGAAAACACGGGUUUGAUGGACUGGAUUUGGACUGGGAGUAUCCAGCAGCAAGAGGAAGUCCUUCAGAGGACAAGCAGAGAUUCACAAUGCUAUGCAAGGAGCUCUUGGAAGCUUACAAGGCUGAGGGAGCUUCAACUGGACAGGCCAGGUUGUUGAUCUCUGCUGCCGUUGCUGCUGGAAAAGGAACUAUUGAUGCUGGUUAUGAAAUCUCAGAGUUGGCAAAGUACCUAGAUUUUGUGAAUGUGAUGACGUAUGAUUUUCACGGUUCGUGGGAAAAUGUCACAGGACAUAACAGCCCUUUAUUCAGGAGCUCCCAGGACACCAGUGACCAAAUCCACCUGAACACUGACUUUGCCAUGAGGUACUGGAGAGACAAAGGGACUCCUGUGGAAAAGCUGAACAUGGGCUUUGGUACAUACGGACGAACAUUUCGACUUUCUACUCAGUCCAGUCAGCUUGGAGCCCCAGCCACUGGUCCUGCUGCUGCUGGCAUUUAUACAAAAGAGGCUGGCUUCUGGUCCUAUUAUGAGAUCUGUACAUUUCUUAAAGGAGCCAGCGUUCAUUUAAUCGAGGAUCAGAAAGUUCCAUUUGCCACCAAACAAAACGAGUGGGUUGGCUAUGACGAUAAAGACAGUUAUCAUACUAAGGUUCGUUACCUGAAAGACAAUCGUUUUGGUGGAGCCUUCGUCUGGACUUUGGAUCUUGAUGACUUUGCUGGACAGUUCUGCGGACAAGGAAACUAUCCCCUCAUCAACCAUCUCCAAUCGCUUUUGGCUUCAGAUCUUCCCCUUCUUAUUACGGCAGAAACUCAAGGAACUUCCAGACCAGCAACCUCUGACGACAACUUCUGUGCCACAAAGGCUGGAGGAGUUUAUGCCAAACCUGAUACUCCGGGUUCUUUUUACAACUGCGCCAACGGCAUCACCUCGAUCCAAAACUGCCCCAAUAAUUUAGUCUUUCAGGACAGCUGCAAGUGUUGCACAUAUCCAUGAAGAGUCUAAAUAAAAGGUUUACCAAUAA